UUUUAAAAUUUUUUUAAAAUUAUCUCACAUAAUUUAUAACCCUUCGAAAAUGAAUAACAAUCUAUUCGUGUUCAUAGCUAUAACAUUUUUGUCAAUUCUAGCGACCCCGGAAGUUUAUUCCAGGCAAAAGCUUUACCUUGAAUAGAAAGAUGUUAAGAGUGUGUUUGUUAAAUCAUGAAGAUAACGGUACAUAUUAUUGUUACGAUUUUUCAGGCUAUCGAUUUGCACCAAUCCCGGAGGCCGUUAAUAAGCGCUAUCCCUUUGGCAUCAACUAAAAAUGGUGUCGUAGAAAGAGUAGAAUCUGAAUACCAUGUUGCAACUACAAUGUAUAGGAAUGACAAUAAUAAAAUAAAGAAGAAUAAGAAUAUCCCACGAGUGCAGAAUGUUUUCCAUAUGUAUUAUCGCACCAUGAUUGGCAAAUUAUUUAGCAACAAGAAAGAUUACCGAAUCGAAGUUAACCCACAUAGGGUAAAACUGAACGUAACGGGACUAGACAUUACCGUAGUAAUAUUUAAUAUAGAUAACCCAGAAGUGGAUGUAUUUUUGAGCACAAAAUUUGAUGAAGCAAUAAUUAUCCAAAAUUCGAAUGGGGUGAAGUUCAGAACUAAGCAAGCUAUUAAUGGGUCUACCAUUUACAAAUCUAUGCGUUACCCCAAGCAUUUAAUUGCUCGAAUUGAAAUAAAAAAAUAUUAUCCCAAAAACAAAAGGCAAUAUAAAUUCCCGAAAGGCUUCUAUAUUCGCUUAGAAAAACUAUUCAAAAAAUGUCAGUUUGCUUAA